ACUAGUUAAGGAGUUCCUGAGCAAAGGUCGUCUCGUUAGGAAAGAGAAUACGAAAUAACACAAACGCUUGCAGCAGCGACAAUGGCAGCAUACAGACGGGCAGCAGACUGCAUAGCCGUCAUCACGCUCACGAAUCCCCCCGUCAAUACUCUCAGCUAUUUAUUGCGUGAGUCCUUUUAUGAAACAUUCAGAAGAGCCAAUGCUGAUGCUGAAGUAAAAGCCAUUGUAAUAUGUGGAGCAGAUGGAAAGUUCUGUGGAGGAGCAGAUAUAAAAGAAUUUGCUGGAAAAUUUUCCGGCCCUUCGCUAGUUGCCUUGAUCGAUGAUGUUGAACAAAGUAAGAAGCCAGUCGUUGCUGCCAUUGAAGGGAUGGCUCUGGGGGGAGGACUGGAGCUUGCCCUUGGUUGCCAUUAUAGAAUUGCACAUACUAAGGCACAGGUUGGAUUUCCAGAGGUCACCCUUGGGCUUCUGCCAGCUGCUGGAGGCUCACAGCGUCUGCCUAGACUUAUCACCCUGACAUCUGCCCUGGAGUUAAUAACUACAGGAAGACGGAUUUCUGCUCCAGAAGCUCUAAAGCUGGGAAUUGUGGAUAAAGUCACAGAUAAAAAUGCACUGGACAUGGCAAUUGAUUUUGCAAGGGACAUCAUAGGAAAGCCAUUGGAAUCUAGGAGACUUAGCCUGAGAACCACACCAUGCCCCCCAGAUGUCGAGUCUUUUCUUGAUGAAGCUCUUGCAAGUAUCAGAAAGCAUUCAAGAGGCGCGAUUGCACCCUUGGCUUGCUUGCAGGCAGUAAGGGCUUCAGUCUACUCUACAUUUGAUGAAGGAUUAAAAAAAGAACAAGAACUCUUUAAAAUGCUCCUCACUUCUGGACAAGCCCGAGCUUUACAGUACAGUUUCUUUGCACAGAGAGCUACAAAAAAGUGGAGUAUGCCAAGUGGUGCCACCUGGAAAAAUACUUCAGCUAGGCCAUUGAGAAAAGCAGCUGUUAUAGGUCUAGGAACAAUGGGAAGAGGGAUCACUGUUGCACUUAUUAAGGCUGGAAUCCCCGUCAUUGCAGUGGAAAUGGGGUUAAAGCAACUAGAAGCUGGAAAGACAGUCAUUAUGUCAAUGUUAGAGAAGGAAUUCAAAAAGAAACAACUUACAAAGGCAUACAGAGAAAUGGCUGCUUUCACCUUAGAUCUAGCAAAGUUACAGGAGGUUGAUCUUGUAGUUGAGGCAGUGUUUGAGAACAUGUCGCUGAAGAAGCAGAUUUUCCAACAGCUCUCUUCUUUGUGCUCUGCUGAUGCUAUCCUGUGCACAAACACGUCAACGUUAGAUAUUGAUGAGAUUGCCUCUGUCACCACCACACCUCAUUUGGUAGUGGGCAUGCAUUUUUUUGCACCUGCACAUGUAAUGAAAUUACUAGAAGUAAUUUAUGGUCCUAGGACCUCUCCUACAGCAGUGGCAACUGCCAUGCAGCUUGCACAGCAAAUGGAGAAGGUGGGAGUUGUUGUUGGUAACUGCAAUGGCUUUGUUGGGAACCGCAUGUUUAAACUGUAUGCUGAGCAGGCCUACUUCUUGUUAGAGGAGGGAGCCAUACCUGAGCAAGUGGAUCAAGUACUAGAGGAUUUUGGGUUUCCCAUGGGUAUUUUUAAAGUGUCUGACCUCUCUGGUCUGGAUAUAGAGUGGAAGAUAAGACAGGAGCAAGGUCUUACUGGACCGAAACAAAUACCUGGUGGCUCAUUUCGCCAUCGAGCUGGUGGCAGGUAUAGCCCCCUCCUUGAUAUUCUCUGUGAGAGAGGAUAUCUGGGGCAGAAAACUGGUCAGGGUUGGUACCUGUAUGAGAAGCCAGGAGGGAGAGUUCCCACUUUUAAUCUGUGGCUCCACAAAUUUCUAGAAGAGUACAGAGAGCUACAUGGCAUUCAGAAACAUUAUGUGGGCCAAGAUGAAAUUCUUGAACGUUGCCUGUAUCCUCUUAUAAAUAUGGGCUUUCAUAUCCUCGAGGAAAGGAUUGCAGCAUCUCCUGAGGACAUUGACAUAAUCUAUGUCUUUGGUUAUAGCUGGCCACGGCACUGGGGUGGUCCCAUGUUUUAUGCCUCGAUGGUUGGGUUACCCAGAGUGUUGGAUAAACUCAACUAUUACCAUGAGAUACACCCAGACAUCCCAACUCUAGAACCUAGUAGCUUACUUAAGAAACUGGUAGCAAAUGGAAGCCCUCCGAUUGGAACUUGGGGGGCUUUCAUCAAAGAACAUAACAGCAAGCUUUAAAAUUCUGGAGAAAGUGCAAAUUAGUUAGCAGUUGUUGCUUUAGCCCUUUAAUAUUUGAUCAAAUAUUUUAUAGACUCUGAAGACGAACAAAUAAUGCACCUGUUAAUACAGUAUGACAAAAUCAUUUCCUUUGCUCCACAACAUUCCUGCUGCUUCAUAAUUGUUAAUUAUGUCUGUAAAAGCUGUAAUUAUGCCAUUUAUUUUCAAAAUGCGAAGUCCAGAGUUUUGUACAGUAACAUUGAAAAUUGUGGUUUUUCACUGCUGAAAAAGAAGUAAACAGAUAAAAUCACAUCUGCAUAGUA